AUGGCAGUCGAAGCUCAGGAUGCGCUCAUGCAGGAAUUGCAAGAAUACCAGGCUCGUUUGCGAAAACUCGAGGCCCACAGAAACGACUGGCAGCUUGAGACGGCUACGUAUGUGGAUCAAGCAAUAUCAAGUUUUUCUAGUUUCAUGGAUCAAUGGAUAUCCAAACAGAUGCAAAUAUUGAGUAGCUUGGAGGUAGAGCAGAUUCGAGCACGUCAGCGGAGUCAUCUUGUGGAGUGUAGGGCGAUAGAGGCGAUGGGUCGAAUCGAGAAUGACAUCGCAGCAGCGAGAAUGGAGGAGUUCGAGCUUGUUGAGAAAGAAAAGCUUGCCCACGCCGAGACACAUGAAGCCUUGUGCAAAGCAAAGAUUGAGAUCUCGACCCUUCACGAUAAAGCAAGAGCGAGGGAGAGAUUGAUUGAAACUCUGCAGAGCAAAGUCAACAAGUUCGAGGAGCAAACGCAUCUGCUUGAAUCUGAAUUGAACAGAAGAAGCCUGGAAUUCAUGGACAAAGACAAAGAAUUGACCAAGUGCAGAGAAAGGCUUACAAUGGCUUCAAAUCAGAGUACUGAGUCAUUGCUUGCCUGCGAAAAAUUGAAAGCUCAAGUAGAAUCAUCAGAUUAUAUCCUUCGAACAGUUUCUGCUCUCAUGAAAUGCAGUAUAAGUGAUCUGCCUGGUAAGGUUGACGCACUUUCACACGACUAUGCCUCUCUCCAAGAAAAAUAUUCCUCCUGUUUGCAAGAACUGGAUCGACAGCAUAAGGUGGAUGAAGAGAAGCUCAGAAAUUGCUCCCACUCUCUGCAGGCACUUGAGAAAAAUUGUACUUCUCUGGAGGUUAGGUUGGAAACGACCGAAAAUUGGUUGAUUCUGUGCUGCAAACUUAUGAAUGUGGAUGACUACAGUCUGUUGCCAACGAAAACUGAGCAACUUUUGAAUGAAUAUUCAUGUAUUCGAGCAACUGUAUCAAAAUACGAGAACAGAAUUGAAACACUAGAGAAGACUUCACUCAUCUUCAAGAACGAAAUGAACGAGGUGAUCUCAAGGCAAGAAAAUGAAAAUCAGUUGCUGCAGAAUAGGCUGCAAGAACUGCAAAGCAGUUUAGACCAACAAUUAAGAAAAACAUCUUGUGAAACAGAAAGAAACUUGGAGCUUGAAAGAACAGUUUCCAUUUUGAAGUCUGAGCUUGAGAAUCUUUCCUUCAAAAACUAUGAGCUUGGUGCACUCAAUGCCUCUUUGAAUUUAGCACUGAAGGAUACCGAAGCAAACGCAAGAGCCUUACAGCACAAGUAUCAAUCGUAUGAAUACUUAUGCCAGAAUUUAGAGCGAGAGAACGAGCAACUGCUUGGAGUCAAUCACGCAUUACAAAAUGCAAAAAUGAAUUGCGUACAAUCUUCUUUGAAUCCUUCAUAUGCAUCGAUGCGAAAUGAAAAUGAGGCUCUCAGAGAUACCGUCAUGAGCCUUGAAAAGACCUGUGUUAACCUGGAAACACAGAAGAAAGCAGCUCUCAAGAAUCAAGAUCUGCUGCUAAAUGAACUGCGGAAUCUUCGACAACCUGAUGAUCAGUUGCUUCGAACGCACAAUGAGAGACUCUCCCAGAAUGCCAAAGGGUCUUUGGGGAGCCUAGAAUACUCCGAAUUUCCAUCACAGAAACUGCUUCAGAAAGAAGUUGAUGACAUAUCCAUCUUUUUGAAAGGACAAGCCUAUGCAAGCGACGAUAAGAGCAGACACAGUUUCAAAGCGAAGCAUCUGCGGGAAUUUUUUUCAACUGCAAAAGACAGCACGGCCAAAAAUGGGUCUGAGGAUUUGAUCAAAGACAACCAUCAAGAUCGAGUCAAGACAUUCUCUGCUGGAAAGUCUAGUAUCUUCAAGCCAUAUUCAGCCGCACAGCCAAGAAGGCCAUACAGCACUCUGGGCAUGCGCUCUCAGGAUGACUACAAUACGCGAUGGUUGAAGGAUGUUGAGUAUAAACUACUCCGAAGGCCAACGAAUGACGAGGAAGUUUAG